UGACGUCGCGUAGCGUUCUUUUAUAAACAGUUGAUUUGAAACCUUCUAAAAUACAAGGUACGUUGGUCUCGUCUAGAUCUUAGAAAAUAUUCCCGUUUUAUAAUGAUGGCAGCAGCAGUAACACAAGCAAAACCCAAAUCUGUAUCAAGACCUAAACACUGGUCAGAAGAAGUUGAAGAAGCUUAUAGAUUUCAAAUAGCUGGAUACAGAGACGAAGUAGAAUAUGAAGUAGUAAAAGGAAGGUCUGCUGAUCGCUGGCCUCACAACAAUUAUGUUAAAAAGCUCCAAAGAAAAGAUGGUUAUUUUAUAUACUUUGAUAAAACAAGAGAAUGUGCUGACAAAGAUGUCAACAAGUGCAAAAUGUAUGGAUAUUAGCUGACAACCUUUAAACAAUUGGAAGAGUUUAACCAUAAAAUGAGUAAAGGGACACACUUUAUUCAUAUCAUCAGUCACACCAUUAACAUUUUACGUGCUUAAUAUUAAACUUUAGUCUUACUCUUUCAUUGCAUAAAUAAAUAUUUAAAAAAGGGUGAAUUAUAAGUACCAAGCAAUAGUAGUUUUCUAGUAUUUAAGAUCAUAAGUUAAGAGAUCUAGAAUAUGAAGAACAUUACAAAUUAAUUUUUAUAUAAAACUAUAUUAAAAAAUUCCAUUCCACCCUCCUUUUUGUUGUCAUUUUUAAAUAACAUUAAUAAUUAUUUCUUCCAUGAAAUUACCUCAAUUUUUUACAGCUUCAUAUUUAUGAGUAGAUUAAAUAAACUAAAUCUCUUAAAUAUUGAUGUAAAUUUGUAGAUAUUUUAAUCAGAAAUUCAACUAUUAAAUCGUUUUUAAUAAA